AUGGCCACCGUCAAGGACUCCGUCACCGAGGCCCUCCUCGGCUCCACCGAGGAGCCCAAGCUGAGCGAGCAGGCGAGGCAGACCUUUUUCCGCCAUGCUGUCAAGGAUGAAGCUUCAGGCGAAUACUACCUGGGGCGCGACCAGUUCAUCGAAGCCGUCGCGCCGCCCAGCGAGGACUACCACAAGAUCAAGCGCGACCAGUAUGGCAUCCUGUUCGACGUCGCGGACCGCAAGAGGGCCGGCCGCGUCAGUCUCCACGACUGGAGGAACUUUGACAACCUCAUCUCGAAGCCCGACGCCGAGUACGAGAUCGCGUUCCGUCUUUUCGACGUCGAGGGAACCGGCCUGGUCAAGUUCGACGUCUUCCUCGACCUCUACAAUAAGCACAAGGGCGACGAUGCCUUGCCAUUCGAUUGGAGCUCCGAGUGGGCCUCGUUAUACAUUGGCCGCAAGAACAAGCGCCACACGAUGACAUACCCGCAAUUCUCCCAGAUGCUGCGCGGACUGCAGGGAGAGAAGGUCAGGCAGGCUUUCCUGCACUUUGACAAGAACGGCGACGGCUACAUUGAGCCCGAGGAGUUUCAGCGCAUCAUCCAGAACACCGCUGGCCACAAGCUCUCCGACCACCUGCUGGACAACCUGCACACGCUCUGCAACAUCUCCGCGGGCAGCAAGAUCUCUUACGCCAACGUGCGCGCCUUUCAGAACAUGAUUCGCGAGAUGGACCUGGUCGAGCUCAUCAUCCGCAACGCCACGAACAAGAGCAGCGACGGAAAGAUCACCCGCUCAGACUUCCUGAACGAAGCUGCCCGCAUCACCCGCUUCUCUCUCUUCACCCCCAUGGAGGCCGAUAUUCUUUUCCACUUCGCUGGUCUUGACGAGCCCUCUGGCAAGCUCAGUCUCGCCGACUUUGCCAAGGUCCUCGAUCCCUCGUGGCACAUCUACGUUGAGCGUGGUACGGACAUGGUGAGCGAUGCUGGCACCAAGGCCUUCGCGAAGACGAAGACGAUCAUGCAUGACAUCCUGGAAUCGAUACACCACUUUGCGCUCGGAAGUUUGGCUGGCGCGUUCGGUGCAUUCAUGGUUUACCCCAUCGACUUGGUCAAGACGCGCAUGCAGAACCAGAGGAGCCACCGUGUCGGAGAGCGCCUGUACAACAACUCCAUUGACUGUUUCAGGAAGAUCAUAAAGAACGAGGGCUUCCGCGGUCUGUAUGCCGGUGUGCUGCCUCAGCUCGUCGGUGUUGCGCCGGAGAAGGCCAUCAAGCUUACGGUGAACGACUUGGUCAGAGGAAAGUUCACGGACAAGAAGACCGGGGCCAUCUGGUUGGGAUGGGAGGUGAUCGCCGGUGGUUCGGCCGGUGCCUGUCAAGUGAUCUUCACCAACCCUCUGGAGAUUGUCAAGAUCCGUCUGCAGGUUCAGGGUGAGAUUGCCAAGAACGUCGAUGGUGCGCCGAAGAGGUCUGCGAUGUGGAUUGUCCGCAACCUGGGUCUCGUCGGUCUCUACAAGGGUGCAAGCGCCUGCUUGCUUCGUGACGUUCCCUUCUCGGCCAUCUACUUCCCCGCCUACAACCACCUCAAGAGGGACGUCUUCGGCGAGUCGCCGCAAAAGAAGCUCGGCGUCCUCCAGCUCUUGACCGCCGGCGCUAUCGCUGGUAUGCCAGCUGCUUACCUCACAACUCCGGCCGACGUCAUCAAGACCCGCCUGCAAGUCGAGGCACGCAAGGGAGAGGCGCAAUACACGUCGUUGCGUCACGCUGCCAAGCUCAUCUGGCAACAAGAAGGGUUCCGCGCCUUCUUCAAGGGUGGACCGGCCCGUAUCAUGCGUUCGAGUCCUCAGUUCGGUUUCACGCUUGCCGGCUACGAAGUGCUGCAGAACAUGUUGCCCAUGCCGGGCUCGGGCGCUGCUGAGGGUGUCGGCGGCCAUGUGGAACCGGCGGUCGGGCUGACGGCGGCAACGGCACCGCUGCCGUACCUGCGGAGUCGCAACGCGCUCAAGAUCAUCCUGGACCUGGACGAGAACUUUGGACGGCCGAAGUUGCCGGCGGGGGCCAAAUGGGAGGGCUUCCCGGGCAUCGGCGGCAAGAUUGUCGGAACGGGGUCGUCAUCGUGA